UUCAAUUCCAAAGCCCUCUCUGCAUAAGGAAUAUGGCACUGAUUCCUGGUUUCCUUGGUAAACAACGAAGCAGUAUGUUCGAUCCUUUCACUUCUUUCGACCUGUGGGAUCCAUUCAAACACUUCCGAUUUCCUUCUUCAUCUUCAAUCAUCUCUGGGGAAAAUUCUGCUUUUGUUAACACUCGCAUAGAUUGGCAAGAGACUCCAGAAGCUCAUGUCUUCAAGGCGGAUCUUCCUGGACUUAAAAAGGAGGAAGUAAAGGAGGAGAUUGAAGAUGACAGAGUGAGGAAAGUGGAGAAGGAAGACAAGAAUGAUACUUGGCAUCGCCUGGAGCGCAGCAGCGGCAAGUUCUUGAGGAGUUUUAGGCUGCCGGAUAAUGCCAAGAUGGAUCAGGUUAAGGCGUCAAUGGAGAAUGGGGUUCUCACAGUGACUGUUCCUAAGGAGGAAAUGAAGAAACCUGAUGUUAAGGCCAUUCAAAUCUCUGGUUGAUUAAUUAUUUUCUUUGUUGCAAUGGCAUGGAGUGGAUAUAUGCCGAUUGCCAAGAUAUGAAGAAAAGUAGUGCUUGUUUUUAUAUGUAUGACGUAAUUUAUCCAAAAACAAAAAUUAUAAUUUGAAAUCUUGUAACUUAAUUUGUUUUUAUAUAAUAAAUAUAUAAAGUUAUAUAUCAUUUUGGAGUUUAAAAUAUAAAAUUAAAAUUUUAGUAUUAAAAAACUAUAAAAUUUUAGUAUUAA